AAAACUCAACUCUCGGGCCUCCUUAAACUAAGGUCAAAAAAGGAUGACCCACGUCCUCAGAGGCCGAACUCACUCCCAAUCCAAAAAGAGGCGGAGCCAGACAAACCGGUAACAUCACCGUCACACCCACCUGAGUUCUAUGACGAGGUGGCAGAGACUUUGAACAGAAUCGCCCGACACAGUGUUAAAAAGAAAUCCCCCAUUAAACCUGAACCUCCACCUCCAGACCCUCCCAAAGCCACUGAUAAAACAUCCAUCGUGCAACAGCUCGUUCAUGUUUUGUGUAUGGAAGGUGACGCAAUGAAUGAAAAGAUUAACGCCAGUCCGUUCCUGCGCAGCUCUCUGAAUCGACUCUCCUACCCCUCCUUCGCCAAACUUCUCGACACAUGUGCCAAUAUAAACGUGGACCCGCCCCUCACUGCGCCUGUCAGCCCUACCCUGAGGCGGGUCGCCAUCACCAUGGAAGUGUCACGGCGAGUCGUCACGGCAACAGGUACCCCGCAACGGUUACAAGGCUACGCCGAGCGCUACAUGGAAAAUUUCGCACCUUGGGUGAAGAGUCAGGGAGGAUGGGAAAACAUCGUCCAGUCGGAAGAGGCUCUGGAGUGUGACUGACAAUGUUGAGUAAUGGAUGAGUGUGUGGAAGAAUCCUACCUUUUAUAACAUGAACGCUGAACUCUGACCUCCGCGUUACGGAAAAGAGAGAGGCAACGGUGCACAGUGACCAAGAGUGUAAACACUAUUGAUGACAGUGGUUUCAGCCUCUACUAAUGUAUUUAUGAGGGGAAAAAACAUUUGGA